AAUAUCGUAGUAUGAUGUUUUAGAAAGAGUUAUCAAGUAAAAUUGCAAAUGAAAUAAUCUUAAAAAUCUUGAAAAAGGUACAAAACAAGCUAUUUGUAUGGCAACCUUUACAUGAUUUUUAUAAGUCGUCCAGAAGCAAUCCUUUCAAAUAAGCCCCUAUCUGGAAGUUGCCCAAAUUAAUAAGCCCCUGGAGGGGGCGGGCAAAUUCGAGGAUUUCAGUUUUAGCGCCUUCAAUCCAAGCGAGGCUGAGUUGGAAACCAAUUUCUGAGAGAGAGAUCAGAGCGAAGGCCUAAAUCAAAUGGGUUAAUUUUUGUAAAAGAAGGAAGUUCCUAAAUCAUGCAAUAUGAUGUUGCCAAACAUUGUUCGGAACCAUUUUUAGCUGGGAACUUCAAAGCGAAAUGUAUGUCAGUAAUUGGCGUCAAGAACGUAAGUCGCGAGAGAAAGGUGACAACCGUGGAGGACAUUGUGGUGUCUCAGAAUACUGAUGAAGAAACCGCCAGAGAUCUGAUAGAAAUAUGCGAUCCUAUUAACCUUAGGUGUCCACUGGAAAAUGAAUGUGAUGUCGCAGACAAUGAAUCUCUCAAGUGUAUUACACCAAAGCAAUGUCCAUUGCAGUCAAUAAAACUUGGAAAGAAUGCACAGAAAAGAAAUGCUGUUGUGAACUACAUGUUCCAUUUAUGGGAAACUGAAAAGAAGGAUUCUCAAGAUGGCAGUUCUACUGACCUAGAAGAUGGUACUGUGCUUCUGUCAGUUGUUUUAUAUCACCCUGUUAAGCAAACCAAAGAACAGAGCUAUUUGCUAAUUGCUGGCCAGAACCUCACUGUCCUCAAGGAUUCAAUUCAGUGCAUUUCUGAUCAUGCACUGUACACAGAGAGCAGCCAUAACCCUGAUGGUGCAUCCACAUCGCAGGCUAACAAGAACAAGUCCGGAUUUUUCUUCAUCGAGGGGAUAUUUUACAAUGAUAUGAGAGACCCGUAUAAUCGAGAUUACAGCACGGAAAUUAUUGAAUGGGCAAAGACAAGCUUCAAAUUUUCACCAACAAAUCUUGGCAGUUUCAAAAGUAGACGAAUGGAAGAUACUAAGUUUGAGGAGUUGAAAAUUCGCCUUGGAUAUCCGUAUUAUUAUUGUCAUCAAGGAAAUUGUGAACAUUUGAUGAUAUUUGAUGACAUGAGGUUUUUGCAUGCUGAUGACCCCCAAUCCAUGUCAAUGUAUCCUUACAGAACAUUUAAAAAGCUCCCAAAAAGAAAAAAGUGCGCUAUUUGUGAAUUGUUCACUGCCAGGUGGAUCACAACAAAUGAUGCCCUCGCGUUUGAAGAUCCGAGCUUCUUUUGUCCCAAGUGCUUUGAUCUGCUUCACUAUGAUGAAAACAAGAAAAAGGUGCAUCCAUUUGAGGCUUAUCAUUUUGAUGGUGCCUUUAAUGCAUAGAGAAAGAGGCUGCUGAUGAGCGCAUUUCACAUGGAUUACAGUCUCAUUCAGAGGCACAAGAGCCUACGAGCCAAGUGCCAGUCCAUUUUGAUAACUUCGACUAGAUCUGGUAUGAGGUGUACUAAGACAGCAUGCCUAUGGAUUUGCAGUGAUGAUAUGAGAAAGCCAGUGCCUGUGGCCUACUGUGAUGAAAUGGGAGUUCUAAGAAGUGGGCAGACAGUGGAUUAUAAAUGAUCUAUAGAAGGGGUGUCCGGAUACCCAAGCUCGAGUUUUUCUGGCUUUAAAACACUUAUUACACCUAAACACGUAAUUAUUACAACAAUAACUUAUUAUGGCUGUAAGAACAAAUCACAUUGACCGUCAGUAAUUAUUGUUAUAAGGGGAUGCUCCUUCCUUGACUAUCUUCUAAAAGUGCUGCUCCUUAAGAAAUUCCCCUGCAUAAAUUUCCUGUUCUGAUAGUUUUAAUUGUAUCUUUAUUGUAAUUGGUAAUUUUUUUGUAAUUUUCUUUCCAAAGUAUACAAUUUAAUUUUAUGUUGUGGAAUUUCAUAUCAUGAAAACUACGUUUCGUAUACCAUCAAAGCACUAGCCGCCCAUUUUAUUCACCAUUACAUUACAUUCCAAGGCUUGUUCAUAGGCGUAGUAGAUAUGGAAGCUAGUGCCUGUAAGCCCUAUCGAAUUUUAGGCCCAUUCAGGCAAUUUUAUCCCACUGUAGCAGCAAUAUUCGGGAAAGACCCUUACUAAGUCCCCCCUGAACGUAUAGCCUCCGCUACAUCCAACUGCUUUUUGCAUGCUCUACCUACACUGAGCUACGUUUUUUUAUGAAUAUGUAGGGAUUGUUUGCAAUUUUUUACACUGUGCUCCUAUCAUAUUUUCUAGCUGUUCAAUAUUGAUAAUCACGGUAAUUUCGUACAA